CAGGCAGCGGCGAAGAAUCGAGGCCGAGCGCGACCGAUCCCGCCAAAUUGGUUGUAAAGAAGCCCAGACCCAAGGCCGGAUCGCCCAAUCGACAGGGUCCUCAACAGUGCCAGGUAUGCGGCAAGGUGUUCAACAAUGCGUCGGCGCUGACGAAGCACAAGCUGACGCACAGCGACGAGCGGAAGUACGUCUGUACGAUGUGCGGCAAGGCGUUCAAGCGGCAGGACCACCUAAACGGCCACAUGCUCACGCACCGAAACAAAAAGCCCUACGAGUGCAAGGCCGAGGGCUGCGGCAAGUCGUACUGCGACGCUCGGAGCUUGCGGCGACACACCGAGAAUCACCAUGCCGCCGCUGCCGCCGCUGCCGCCGCCGCCGCCGGUGGAAAGCCAAGCGAAGGAGCCACGACGAGUGGCAGCACUCCGAACAGCGCCGCGGGCAGCGCUUCGCCGAGCAGUCCCAAUACCGGGCCCAACACACCCAAUAGCAGCCCGAGCACGCCGAGCGCUCCGCAGACGCAGUCGCAGCUACAGACACCGCCGCAGCAGCAAUCGGCCAGUAGUGCAGCUACCACGCUCAAGCAGCUACUGGCGUCCGAGCCUGCGCUCUCCCCCAUUUCGCACAUCAAGGGCACGAGUGGCAGCAGUUUGAGCUGCGCGAUUGGCGGCAACGGCGGCAGCGGCGUCGGCUCCGCCAGCGACGGCCUGACCAAGCAUCAGCUCGAGCUCAUCCAGCAGUUAAUGCAGCAACAGGCCACCACUCAGUCGACUAAUCAAAGUCAGACGGCCAACGGCCAGCUGACGAAGAGCUCGCCCAACAAGCACAUCGUCAAGUCGACUAGCACCAUCUCCGGGCCGAUCGUCAGCGCCAAGCUCAAGCUCUGGAACCACGCACAGCAGCAGCAGCAGCAGCAGCAAGCCCAGCAGCAGCAACAGCAGCAGGCGACUCAACAGGUCCAGCAGCAACAGCAGCACCAGCAGCAGCAACAGCAACAUCAGCAUCAGCAUCAGCAUCAGCAGCAGGUGAACUCGCCGGGAGGUGGCAGCGGGGGAAAAGUCGGCGGCAGUCCGUCGCCCGGUGCGCUGGUGCCUCUCGGCAGCAAGUCCCCGGUGGAGCCCAAGCCCGUCGAGUGCAACCUCUGUCAUCGCAAGUUCAAGAACAUACCAGCGCUCAAUGGCCACAUGAGACUGCACGGCGGCUAUUUCAAGAAGGAUCUCGACAGCAAGAAGAGCGAGAAGAAGGAAGUGAGCGGGCCACCCUUGCAGACAGCCUCGGUCAGCGUGCGCGCUCUCAUCGAGGAGAAAAUUAUUCAGAAGAGGACCACAGCAACGGACCCGAAUGCGGUGCAGCAGCAGCAGCAGCAACGCAUAAUAACCGCGACGCUGACGAAUCAAGGCACGACCACGAACAUCGUCACGACGACUACGGCGGACGCGCAGCAGCAAACGCAGCAACAGCAGCAACAGCAGCAACAGCAGCAGCAGCAGCAGCAGCAGCAACAGCAGGUGCACCAACAAGUGAUCGGGAAGAUGAGUUUCGUGGUGCCGGCGCCGCCGCCGCAAGCGGCCUGCGAGAAGGUGCGUCGACUGUCGGACGGCGAGCACUUCCGGCAGCCCAACGUGACGAUCGCCACCCUGAGCGGCGUCGGCAACUCGGCCCAGAAGCAGCUGCAGGAGGCGCAGACCCAGGCCCAGGCACAGGCCCUCGCCGACAUGAUCCUGAAGGGCACCACCAAGAUUUCCGUGAAGCGCGCGGGCUCCGAGCCGGGCCAACGGAUCCAGCUGACGUACCAGACGCAGACGGGCGCGCAGCCGCAGGCGCCGCUGGCCGAGAGCUUCGCGAUGAGCGCCUACCCGGAGGACGGCGGCUACUUCAGCCCGAGCCUGCAGGACGAGGUCUUCCAGCAGUUCCAGAGCGCCUCGGGACUGCUGCAGGACCAGGGCGGCGGCGGCCCCGGCGACGCGGGCCUGCAGGAGGCGAUGGGCCUGGAGGAGCGCUACGGGGCCGGGGCCGGGCCCGGCGGCGGGCAGCACGUGGUGAACCCCGACCUGCAGGCGCUGGUCAACUCGCCGCUGCCCGACUCGCUGGCCGAGUUCGGCGCGUACGGGGCCGGCUACGGCGCGGCCGACGGCCAGUCGCCGCUGGGCUCGCCCCACGACAGCCCGAGCUUCACCUACCCGACGCCGCCGGCCUCGCAGGAGGGCCUCCUCUCGAGCGGCUCGCUGCCGCUGCUCAGCCCCCAGGAGGACAGCGACGCGGUGCACUCGGUCUCCUCGCCGCUGUCCGCGGCCUUCUACAGCACGAGCAUGUCCUCGGCGGCGGCCAUCGAGGAGGCUCUCAGCGAGGUGCUGCCCGACGACGAGGAGGAGGACGAGGAGGAGGCGGCGGCGGCGGCGGCGGCGGUGGCGACCGCCGCCGCCGCCAGGGCCGGCUGCGAGCCCGACUACGCGUCGCACGCGCACUCGCACUCGGCGCCGCCGCCGCAGCUGCCCUCGCCGGCGCCCUCGCCGCUGUCCUCGCUGCCCCCCUCGUCGGUGCCCUCGCCCUCGUGCCCCAUCCAGAGCCAGAUGAUGCCCAACUCCGAGGACCCGCUGCUCUCGUCCAGCCCCAAGGACUUCGGCGGCGCGCGGCGCAAGUUCGAGUUCCAGUCCUACAAGCUGCUGCAGCUGGCCAACCAGAGCCUCGUCGACCUGGGCGGCCUGGCCUCGACCAUCGUGCUCGACAACGGCGAGCUCAAGCUGCUGCAGGGCUCCGGCGCCGCGCACGCCGCGCACGCCGCGCACGCCGCGCACGCCGCGCACCCCGCGCACGCGGGCGGCCUCGCCGGCAAGGCCAGCAUCUACGUGCAGGCCGCGGCGGCGCCCGGCCUCGGCGGCUUCGGGCCGCGCCACGCCGAGCCCGCGCAACUCGUCAACCCGGCCAAGUUCCUCGUGCACGCCGGCGCGUGCCCGCCGUCCACGCAGAAGCCGGCGCCGGGCGCGGGCGCGCGACUGCCGGUGCCGCUCGACCAGAUCAAGCAGGAGGACUCCGUGGACGACGAGGACGUGUUCGUCAGCCCGGCCGGGCAGCUCUCGUCGCUGGGCCUGGGCGCCGACGCGAGCUGGCGCUACCGGAGCAAGCGCCCGCGGCUCGACUCGUCGCGCCGCGACGGCGGCCCCGUCCACGCCAGGUCGCGGCUGCGCCGCGCCUGCGACCGCCACUGGGACAGCAGCUACACGCCGGCCCCGAUGCUCGACCCCUCGCGGCCCGGCGCGGGCCUCUACGCUCGGCUGCACCGCGCCCACCGCGACUCCGCCGAGUUCAGCGGCUCGGACGACUCGCCGGCCAACGAGCUGGCCUCGGCCUCGUCCGACGGCCCGCCGCCGCGGAUCAACAUCGGCACCAACUACCAGGCCUCCAUACCUCCGCUGCGCGAGCUCGACCACAUCGGCAUCGCCGCCGAGCCGGAGAAGGACCAUCUGCUCUGGGACCCCGGCAUCGACGCGGCUCUCACCGAGACCGAAGUGGAAGUCUACCUGCAGUUCGCUUGUUGCGCCGCGGCGCCAGGCGGCGGUAGAAACAAGGAGUACGCACUUCAUCUCUUGCACAUGUGCGGGGGUAACAUUCGAGAGGCCAUGCUGAGGCUGAUGCGGCCGACGUCGUCGUUAGCGGCGGACCACCCGCUGCGCAGUUACGAAUGCCACGAGUCCGAUCGUUGGACCGAGAGCGAAACGAACUGCUUCUAUCAGAGCCUGCUGAAAAACAGCAAAGACUUUUCCGUGAUAGCGCGCGAGGUGGGCAGCAAGAGCAGCAAGCAGUGCGUGCAAUUUUAUUACUUGUGGAAGUGGCUCUGUCCCGAGGAGUACAAGAGAAUGCGACUGAGGCACUACAGCAAGAUCGGCAUAAAAAUCGAGCAGAGCAACGAGAGCGAGGACAUGAAAGAAUUGCGGGAGACCAUGGCUUCGGUAGCCGAGCUGGACUUUAGCGAAGGAAAGUCCAUUCUUCAGCGAACUCUGAUGCAGUCGACCAACGAGAGAGAAAAUUCGGCGACUUUGACCACUAGCGAGGGCGAGCUACGGCUCUACGCUUACGACUUUCAAGAUAGCUUUAGCGGGAGUACAGUAACGGUAACGAGGGCCGAGAGCGCUCAAAUUGGCCGCGGCAGCUACGCUAGCGUCAACUACACCAACUCACAAACUCACACAAGUAUCGAGCGACAAGCACCACUACCCGCGCCUACCUUACUCCACUACCCUUGCAAGAUUUGCGGGAAAGUAUUCAACAAAGUGAAAAGCCGAAGUGCACAUAUGAAGUCUCACCGAUCAAUACCCUCGCCAGAUUCAACGGGGGCACAGGAAUCUAAGAAACAAAUACAGUUACAGCAACAACAACAGCAACGUCUGAUACAGAGCGGCGUUCAACAGCGACACGACCAGUCGAACGCUCAUCAAAAUAAGCAGCAACAAAUGAACAGUAUACAAAAUUUACAGCAGCAUCAAAGUCACUUGAUGAAUACUCAAGAAUGCCAUUUAAAUCAACAACAGCAACAACGACAACUAUUUCCUAUCAAUUACGACUUGCACACCAACCACAUGUGGCACAACCCACUGAGACUGCGACCUCCAUAGGAUGAGAUUCGUAGCGAGGCUACACUGAAAAUACCCUAACAAAGGCUACUUAUUUGUAACAUGCGCAUGGAUAUGUGAUUGUGAUAAGAUAUGAUAACAUCACUUCUACUAGGGUGUGACAUACGUUUUAUGUAUUUUUACACAAAACCACGAUAUAGAAGUCGAAUAAGAAAGAAGCCUAACUAAAAAAAAAGACGUUGUGAGAUAAAUAAUCAAUACUUCAGUGUCUUAGGUGUAUGAUUUUUACAAUAACUGUAUAUUCUUGUAAUUAUUUUAUAUAUAACGAAGAAUCAAAAAAAUCACUAAUCAUCCAGAGAAUUUUGAAUUUUUUUUCAAGAUUUCUUGACAUUGUUUUUUACUUUCGCGGAUUCUGAGUAUCAAGUAUAAUUAUUUAUUACACACGAUGAUCUUCGCAUUCUCAUAAUUUUAACGCAAUAUUUGUUGCCGUGAUAAUAUGAUUAAUUUAAUUAUAGACAAAAAUAGUUAUAUUGCUAAUGUUCAGUUGAAAGUGACUAAUAUGAAUGAGAAUAAAUCAAUAUAUACAUUACAAGUAUCCAUACGAAUAUUUAAACGAAAAAUCUAUAAUUUAUCGAAAAUCAUACUCAUAUACAUUUCGUAUUCAUCGAGUAAAGUGGCCUAUCAAAUAUCGCACGUAUUUUAAAUGUUAUCUAUGGUUACUCUUAUAAGGAUAGAACAUUGAAUGACAAAACCACCUCCUGAACAACCUCAUAAAAUCAAAUUUGAAUAAUAUACUCGCAGAGUACCGCAUCUGCAUAGUUUACACACAACUUUCUUGAUGUUGGGUCAUGAAUAUAAUAUUUAUUACUCGUUAGAUAAUUUUAUCUCACUAUUAGAAACUGUAAAAUUGGCUGUACGCCGGUACGUCAUUUCAUUGUCGAAAGUAAAUUCAGAGAAUUGUAGGCACAAAUUGAUUUUUAUUGUAUAAAAUGGAUAUAAUUUUUUUUUCAAUCAUUAUAAAUUAUUAUUAUUAAUGAAAUGAGCACAUUUUUUGCCGGUUAUUAACAUAAUUCAUGAAAUUUCUCCUCCGGAUAUUAUGUCAUUUCAGACAUUUAUUAUAUUUUCAGUUAUGUGAUUAGAUAAUGAAAAAUUUGUUGUUUUGAAAGAAACCAUAAGUUGUAAGCGUAGAAUAAAUAAAUUAAAAAUAAUCAUAAGAUUGCUAAAUCAAUCAUUGAGCAAAAGAAGAACUUGUAGCGAAGUAAAGCGAGUUGAUUUCAUGGUGCUUUAAAAUAUAGGUACGCUUGUAAAACACUGUUAUUCUGACGAGAGUUGUCGCAUGUCGUAUUUUGCAAUUGUAAUAAUGGAUGUGUUUUCUGGAUUAUCUACAUUGUUGAUAUUAUUGAAAGAACUUGUUGCUUUCGAUCAUAAAUAUAUUUUUUAAAUUAAA